UUUUUUUUUUUUUUGGGCGGGGGGAAGAAAAAUUAAGUAAUAAAGCAAAAUGUAUUUUAUAAGUAUCACUUGGCACUUUGUCUAUUUAGUCGUAUUACUUUGUGUGGGUUUUUUUUUUUAGCAUGUAGCUAACAUCCUUAUCAAAGACGCUUUAAAAAAGUAACACUAAAGUUUAAAGAUUGCCCCAGAUUAUAAUCUUCUAAUAAUUUCUAUCGCUGAUUAAAAACUUUUAGGAUUUAGUUUAGAGAGGUUCCAGCUAAAGCCAGACUUUUUUUUAAAAUGUGGUUUAUUUUCGUGUAAGUUAAUAGUUCUGUAUCAUUAUAAUGAUGGAUUGCAUUGUGGGUGUCAAUAUAAGUGACGGCCAUAUUUGCCGGUGCUGCUCUCUCUGCUGUAAACAAAAAGUGACUGUGAGACGGACGCUUCGCUGAAUUUAGGGACAUUUUUAUUUCUGUAAUUUAUGAUGUCUUUAGGAAUGUCUUACAAACCUAACCCCCACCAGCACAUUCCGGGAACUUCUGCGAACCAAGCAGGAAACAUCCCCUCUCCCUCUUCCAGCAUCUCCACAGUUCAGUCAUACAAGCCGAUUAUAAAUGACUUUGGACUGCCGUCAUUUGGAUUUUCGCAGGGGCCGAAUGGAACUCAAGCUCCACAGAGCAAAUACGCUGAACUUCUCGCAAUCAUCGAAGAGCUCGGGAAAGAAAUAAGGCCAACGUACGCCGGAAGUAAAAGUGCCAUGGAGCGACUCAAAAGAGGUAUAAUUCAUGCAAGAGGUCUUGUCCGGGAGUGUCUGGCAGAGACGGAAAGAAAUGCACGAUCUUAGCCUCUGAAGCCUGCGUCUGGUCUAAGGGCGGAAGAUUUCUUCUACUACUUUUACAGAAGGGUGCUGCAUGGCUUUUUUUUCCCCAUAACAGAGGGAUGAAACAAUCAAAAAUUUAUUCAUUAAGUAGUGUAGUUAAAGCAUGGGAUGGAGGUGUUGCAAUGUUCCUUGUGAUAAAUGCAACAAGAGAGAUUGGAUUUGAGUGUUGCCAUUUGGGAUUUUUUUCUCUUAU